AUGGCGACGGGAGACGCGCAAUUGUUCGAGGACACGUUCACCGUGACGGACUUUGACCAGUCCAAGUACGAUCGCGUGGGACGUCUGACGGCGAACUCGACCGACAACCAGACCCAGAUGACGCUCGACGUCAACAUCGAGCUGUUCCCUGUUCUCAUCGGCGAGAACCUGCAGGUCGUUCUCGCGACAACACUCGCACUCGACGGCAACCGCGAAAACGAGGAGAGAGGAUGGCGCGACGUGCGCGGCGAAUCCACGCUCGCCGAUAUGUACGACUACGUAUGCCAUGGCAAGAUUUACAGAUUCGAAGAUGGUGUUGAGGGUCAGACUCUUCGCGCAUACAUAUCUUUCGGCGGUCUACUGAUGAUGCUCGAGGGGCCUUACGCGAAAUUAACGCCGCUACGCGUUGACAACACCUACCUUCUCGUCAAGAAAUGA